AUGACUCCUCCGAGAACUAUAUUGGAUCCUGCCGCCUACAGGGUCGCUUGGUUUGCUCCGCUAGAGAUCGAGGCCCGGGCUGCGUUGCACCUCUUGGAUAACAGGCAUAAUGGUAGCUUCCCUAUGUCUCCGGGGAAUGAUUAUGUCUUCCAAGCUGGCGACGUAUGCGGGCAUAACGUUAUUAUUGCAACUUUCCCUGCCGGCCAAAAAUAUGGCACUGGAUCUGCUGCGGCUCUUGCGAGCCAGGUCAAGAAUUUCUUCCCAAAUCUUUGGUUCGGUUUGCUUGUUGGUGUCGCAGCGGGUCUUCCGAAUCUCUCGCGGAAUCCGCCGCUCGAUAUCCGUCUCGGUGAUGUCCUCGUCGGCUUACCCACGGGUGAUAACGCUGGACUUGUAGCCUAUGAUUUGGGAAAAGAGACGGGAAACGACGGAUUCGAGCUUUUAAACCACGGUUAUGCAUUGGCCAACACAGCGACUCUCGUCAGAGCAGCCAUUGGAAGCAUCAAGCUGAAGGAGCCAAAUGAUACGGACCUAUUUUUGCCCUAUUACGAGAGCAUACAAAAUAAAGAGCACUCUUCAGGCACGUUCAGUGAUCCUGGCCAAGACAAAGAUAUGCUCUAUCAACUUGAUAAAGACGGGAUUGAACGUCUGGCGCAGCGAGAUCAAAGACCAGAUGACAAACGUGUUCGGGUAUGGUACGGAUCAAUAGGCUCAGGAGAAAAGCUCAUGAAGAAUGCUCGGAAACGCGACCAGCUGAGGGACAAAUACGGCCUUAUUGGGCUUGAGAUGGAAGCAGCCGGAACUAUGGAUUGCAUUCCCGUUGGCGUCAUCCGAGGCGUUUGUGAUUAUGGAGACGAACAUAAGAAUAAAGACUGGCAGCCAUAUGCUGCUGCCAUGGCUGCCGCCUAUGCCAAAGCUAUUUUAACUGAGAUAGCGCCCAAAGAUGGUUAGCUCAUAUUAUACCAGAUUACUCACUCUGACCUUU